AAGCGGCGGGAGGAGGGAUAGGGCGGCGGCCUAUUUGCCGACGCGAAAGGAUCUGUACUGGGAGAACAGUUCCACGACGACGAGCCAGCGACACAGUGCGAAAUAACGCCCUGCUUGAAUUGCAUUUCGAUCCCAUUUCUCUUGAAAUAGACAGCCAGCUAAAAGACCGCGAUUAAAACUACGGAACAUUAUUAAUUGAAAUUGCUUAAGUGUCAAAUAUCCAGUGCCACGCUCGCAGGGGAAUAGGACAACCUAGUAGAGGGAGUCAUCAUGGAUGAGGAAUAUGAUGUGAUCGUUCUGGGCACUGGGCUCACGGAGUGCAUUCUGUCUGGGAUCAUGUCUGUAAAUGGAAAGAAGGUCUUGCACAUGGACAGAAACCCCUAUUAUGGUGGAGAAAGCUCCUCCAUCACUCCACUGGAAGAGCUGUACAAACGGUUCGGCCUUCCCGACAGCCCCCCGGAGUCCAUGGGUAGAGGGAGGGACUGGAACGUCGAUCUCAUCCCUAAAUUCCUCAUGGCCAAUGGUCAGCUGGUGAAGAUGCUGCUCUACACAGAGGUGACGCGCUACCUGGACUUUAAGGUGGUGGAGGGCAGUUUUGUGUAUAAGGGAGGGAAGAUCUACAAGGUGCCUUCCACAGAGUCAGAAGCGCUGGCUUCCAAUCUGAUGGGCAUGUUUGAGAAAAGAAGGUUCCGGAAGUUUCUGGUUUUUGUGGCCAACUUUGACGAGAACGACCCCAAGACAUUCGAGGGCGUGGACCCUAAAGCAACCACCAUGCGAGAUGUGUAUAAGAAGUUUGACCUGGGUCAGGAUGUGAUUGAUUUCACAGGUCAUGCGUUGGCCCUCUACAGGACAGACGAUUACCUGGACCAGCCUUGUCUUGAGACCAUCAAUCGAAUAAAACUCUACAGUGAAUCUCUGGCUCGCUAUGGCAAAAGCCCAUACUUGUACCCUCUCUAUGGGCUCGGAGAACUGCCUCAGGGAUUUGCGAGGUUAAGUGCGAUCUAUGGUGGGACCUACAUGCUUAACAAACCAGUGGAUGAGAUUGUUGUGGAGAAUGGACAUGUGGUGGGGGUGAAGUCAGAAGGAGAGGUGGCUCGCUGCAAGCAGCUCAUCUGUGACCCCAGCUAUGUGCAGGACCGCGUGCGUAAAGCAGGCCAGGUGAUUCGUGUCAUAUGCAUCCUCAGCCAUCCCAUCAAGAACACCAACGACGCCAACUCCUGCCAGAUCAUCAUCCCUCAGAACCAAGUCAACCGCAACUCCGAUAUUUAUGUGUGUAUGAUCUCCUAUGCCCAUAAUGUGGCUGCUCAGGGCAAGUACAUUGCCAUAGCCAGCACCACGGUGGAGACCAGCGACCCCGAGACCGAGAUCCAGCCUGCCCUGGAGCUCCUGGAGCCCAUUGAUCAGAAGUUUGUGGCCAUCAGUGAUCUGUAUGAGCCCUCAGAUGAUGGAUCAGAGAGUCAGGUCUUCUGCUCCAGGGCCUAUGACGCCACUACACACUUUGAGACGACCUGCAACGACAUUAAAGACAUCUACAAGCGCAUGACGGGGACCGACUUCGACUUUGAGAACAUGAAGCGGAAACAGAACGACGUAUUCGGGGAAGACGAGCAGUGAAGGCAUACUGUGUGGGGUGGGGGGCCAGGCGGGGUUAGGGCCGGGGGGCGUGGAGCGAGGAACAGUGUCAUCUCCAGAAUCCAUGGAGUGGGGGAACGAGAGAGAAUUAGGGAGACGUGUGAUGCUGUUGUCAUGCACGGGACCCCAACCCCCCGACCCCAGCACGCUUAGCUCUGCCUUCACACCACACGUGCAAACACAGACACAAAUGUGUAUUCUCUCUCUUAAUUGUCUCUUUUCUGUCUUCUGCCUGUCCUUACUGCUCUCUCCAUGCUGUAAGUUUCUGCUGUUAUGUGUUUUUCCGUUUAGUUCCUUGUGGUUUGAGCAUUCCAUAGUGCACCACCGAUCUGAUAAGUAUCCUGAUGCAUGUCCUGAUAUAUGUCCUGAUACGUGUCCUGAAAUGUGUCCUGAUGCGUGUCCUGAUACAUGUCUUGAUAUGUGUCCUGAUAUGUGGAUGUGCAUGAAUGCUGGGUUCACAUAUUUGGUUUUUUCCAAAAUUUUUAAACUGCCACUCAAGCAGAGAACUUGUACCUAACUUGCACCUAAAACACGACACACAGCAAGUCCCCCAGAGAUGCACACACAUGCACACAACACACAAGCACACACAACACACCAGCACAUACAUGCACACAUACACUGCACAGCACUGCAGCCUUUACAAAACAAAAGCUUAUAUGACUAGAAGCUGUUUUUUAACAUGGUUUAGUAACAAUCCAUGUAGAUUUUAAUAUUAUAAACAUAAUAGACCUAACAUGCACAGUUUAUAGCUAUAUGAACUAAUUAAGAAACAAAACAAAAAACAAAACAUUUGGCUCUGUGCAGGAAAGAAAAAUGUCCUUAACUAAUUUUCUGAAGUGACAUGUGAACACUCGGACAUCGUGCGAAAGCAGUGUCCAAGACGUCCUCCAGUAGUCUACUCUCUCUAUUCACAGGUCCGCAGUCCUGAGCGGUAUCGCUGUGAUAGGAGGAACCUUUUGGCAUGUGUGUCACCAGCUAGUGACGGAUUCUCCAGAAAUGUGUGAAAACGUGAUGUGAUGUGCAAAAGAGGAGACUUUGUGUGGCCAUAUCAGCUGUGGAGGGCCGUGUUUCAGUUUAUUAGACAUGAAUUUACCUUUAAGAGACCAGCAGAAACAUGGUGACACAGUCUCUGUGAGUGUAAGCGAGACUACAAGACAAAGGAAUUCAAAUGUGUCUAGAAGGAAAGUGAUAGGUGAGUUAGUGAAGAUGGAAGGGGCACAUUUCCUGGGAGUUUCUUGACUGAGGAGGACUUGACUGAGGUUUUCUAUGUUGUGAUGUGGUUGCUUUGACUGUAUUGAAAUCUCCCCCCCCCCCCUUAAUACCUUGAACUUAAACUGUGAAAUGUGUGAAGGUUUUACAACUAGUUGCCAACUAGAAGAGAUGGUUGGUUUGGCUCUUCGGUUCUAAUGUGUCAUGCUCCAGAAUCUUCUCUUGUCACGGAUAGUUAGAGAUAGAUAGGUUCCAUCUGUACACACUGCGUGGAAUCCGUUUCCUAAAUUCAGUUGUAAUUCUGGAAUUAUCUUAAAGAUGAACUACACAUGGUACCUGUGCAAUAUUAAAAUGACUGCAGGUGUUAUUUAGCAUUCACAAGUUUGUAAGGAAUAAUGGUUAUUCAGGUUCUGAAGGUGUAAUAUAUUGCUAAUAAUCCCCACAUUGAUCCCUCAAAUCAAGAUCUCAUCCCACAGUGAUUAGUGUGCUAUUGCAAACACUGCUACAGAGCCGCAGAUCAACCAUAGGCCGUCGGUCGAGUGCCUUCUCACCUACACACUGACACUUUCCCACUUUCACUCUCAUUUUGCUUCAGUCUUUGAUUCUGCACAUUCACUAUCAUACUGGCUUGCUUGAGAAGCUUUUGGGUUUACACAUAGUGCUUUAGCAUCAGAAUGAUUUAAUGGCUAACAGAAUACCGAUGGCUUGCCUGUGGUUUCAUCUGGCGGUCAUGUAUAGGUAGGAUGAUUCUGCUCGAGGAUGACUCGACAUCACGCUAAUACACUCUGAUACAGUCUGAUACAUUCCACAAUGUGCCCUUGGAGUGCACUGUCACAGCCUGUCUUUGCUCCUGUCUUUGCCUUAAAACUCGACCAUUCUGACCAUGAGCACCGUUCUUUGAGCUAACACAUUCACACGCACACACACACACACGCACACACACACACCCCUGAAUGAAGCCUCUUUGUAAUGCAUUGUAAUGCCUUGGUGUGUGUUUACCUGUGAAGAAUGGCACUGUAACUGUGUGACAGAUGUAUGAAGUCAAUGUCCCUGUAGAAAAACUCAAAACAACUGGAAACUGAAGUUUUUGUUCUUUUGUCAUAAAAACUGCAGUUGGGCUUCGUGUUUCAUGCUUACCUUCGUUUCCUGAUAACCCAUUGAUUUGUAUUUAUUUAAUUUAAAAGCAGAAUUGCUUUAUAUUUCAUUUUGUGCCACAUUCAUUGGUUUUGAAGAACAUGCAGAAAAUCAACAGUGACACAAUCUUAUCUUUUAACUGACCUAACAUAACUGAGGAGUAGUGGCUCAUGGGUCUUGUUUGAAAACUAGUAUGUAAACAGUACCUAAUGUCCUGUUAAACAAAUUAAAUAAACCAGAUGUAUGAAUUAAAACAUAUGGAACAAUAAAGGCACAUGAAAGAC